UCCGCUUAUUUCCACGGUCGAAAAUCAGUUUGGUAAGGAGAAAAAACUCUUAUUAACAAGUCUGUAACAUUUUACUACUCUCAUCAAUCAUGGCGGCUUCAAUCGCGAAACCCAUCUCUGCAACCUCUCUCCGUUUCUACUCCGACCGAAAGAAAAACAUUUCCUUCUCAGAUUGCAUCUCGAUAUCUUCUGGAUGCCGACAUUCCCCACCGUCUUCCCUCGAUUUGGUCGCAAAACCACCACCGACCAAGGCUCGCGUUUCCCAUCUCGUUAGAGCCCAAAGCUCUUAUGAUUAUAUUCCAGACUCAAAGUUUUACAAGGUGGAAGCAAUUGUCAGGCCAUGGAGAAUCCAGCAUGUUUCAUCGGCUUUACUGAAAAUUGGGAUUCGAGGUGUGACGGUUUCUGAUGUCCGAGGGUUUGGUGCACAAGGUGGAUCCAAAGAGAGACAUGGUGGGUCUGAGUUCUCUGAAGACAAGUUCGUUGCUAAAGUUAAGAUGGAGAUCGUUGUUAAGAAAGAACAAGUGGAGUCUGUAAUCAACACCAUAAUCGAUGGAGCAAGAACAGGAGAGAUCGGAGAUGGCAAAAUAUUCGUUUUGCCUGUGUCAGAUGUCAUAAGGGUUCGGACAGGUGAGCGUGGAGAACAAGCAGAGAAGAUGACUGGUGACAUGCUUUCGUCAUCUUAGGCACAAACAAGAGCUUAAGAAUGGCGUAAUAAUAAAAUGAACGGAUGUGUUUAGUUUUCUGUUUUGUUGCUGAGUUGAUCAAGAUGUGUGUUUAAACUGUACAUGAAUGAUGCAGAAACAUCUGCCUUGGUUCUCAGACUGUUCCUAGUAAAAACAUGUAGUCCCUGUUUCAUGUCCUUGUCCGAUUAUGAAUCCACUAGUAUCUAUGUUGUCA